AUGAGUAAAAUCAUGGAAGAGGAACCUGAGCAAACAGGAAUCCCCUACUGGCGCUUUAUCUUCGAUGCGGGCGUCAUUCCCCAUGAGGUCGCAGCACACCACCACGAUGGCGCAGGUACAGACGAAGAUCCCUUCCAGGUGACAUGGAUUGAGAAAGAUGCGCGUAAUCCCAUGAACUUCGGGAUCGUGUAUAAAUGGUUGAUCACGUUGUUGGUCGGCAUUAACACCCUUGCCGUCGCAUUGGUCUCAUCUGCGUACUCUGGUAGUCUGGUUGAAAUCAUCGAGGAAUUCCAAAUCAGCGAGGAGCUCGGUAUUGUGGGAAUCUCGUUGUUCGUUCUGGGAUUCGCUGUCGGUCCCUUGAUCUGGGCGCCGCUCAGUGAAUUAUAUGGGCGAAGGCCCAUUCUGAUCGCGAGCUCGGCCGGAUUGACGGCCUUUACGGCUGGUUGUGCUGGUGCGCAGAACAUUUGGACUCUGCUUAUCCUGCGAUUCUUCGCUGGAUCGUUGGGUUCGGCUCCGUUCGCUGUUGCGGGUGGUGUGAUCGCGGACUGCUUCCCUCCCAUCAGCCGUGGGCUUGCGAGUGGGCUGUAUUGCGCUGCGCCGUUUUUGGGUCCGACACUGGGCCCGAUCAUCGGCGGAUUUUUGUCGGAAUCUGCUGGUUGGCGUUGGGUGGAGGGACUGGUGGCUGCGUUCGCGGGACUCUUGGGACUCAUCACGCUUUUCUUCUUGCCCGAGACUUUUGCCCCUACCUUGUUGAACAAACGAGCUGAUCGGUUGUCCGCUUCCACUGGUCAAGUGUACCGUAGUAAGAUCGAAAUUGAUCAAGGCAAGAAGACUCCCGCGGCUAUUUUCAAAGUGGCUCUCUCAAGACCGUGGGUGCUUCUUUUCCGAGAGCCCAUUGUUCUGCUACUUUCGAUCUACCUCGCCAUUAUCUAUGGAAUCCUGUACCUGCUCUUCGCGGCAAUGCCAAUAGUCUACCAAACGGAACGCGGCUGGAGUGAAGGACUCGGCGGACUCUCGUUCUUAGGCAUCACAGUCGGCAUCCUCUUGUCCGUAGUCGCAACGUUCCCGAUCUACUUCAGCUACAGGAACAAGACUCUCGCGGCCGGUGGUCGCCUCCCACCGGAGCAACGUCUCCCAGGUGCCAUGAUCGGCUCAAUUGCGUUGCCAGCGGGUCUAUUCUGGUUCGCCUGGACCAAUUCUCCCUCUAUUCACUGGAUGGCUUCCAUUGCAGCUGGCGUUCCUCUCGGAUUUGGUAUGGUGAUGGUCUUCCUCCCGGUUCUAAACUAUCUGAUUGACGCAUACACGAUCUACGCCGCAUCUGUCCUGGCUGCCAACGCUGCCUUGCGCUCGCUCUUUGGUGCUGUAUUUCCUUUGUUCACAACCUAUAUGUAUGAGAACCUCGGUAUCCACUGGGCAUCGUCUAUACCGGCUUUUCUAGCCCUUGCGUGCGUGCCCAUGCCUUUCUUGUUCUACCGUUAUGGUCCCCAGGUUAGGAAGCGGUGUCACUAUGCUGCUAUCUCGCAUGCGUUUAUGGAGAAGCUAUAUGAGAAGGCUGCAUUGCCACCAAAGGUUGAGAGAGAUGAGCCUACCGAUGUCGAGACUACGUCGGAUUAA